ACGUGCAGCGCGUGGGGCCUGGGCCACGUGCGCACCUUCGACGGCUUCGCGCUGCGCGCGGCGGGCGCGUGCCCCUACGUGGCGGCGCGCGAGUGCGGGGACGGCGCCUCCAGCUUCAGCGUGGAGGUGCGGCGCAGCGCGGGGCGGAUCAGCUCCGUGAGCGCGCAGCUCGACGGCCUCGCGCUCUCCGUCUCCCGCGACGGGAACGUGACCGCGCGCGGGGAGAGGGUCCGCCUGCCGUUCAGCGACACCGGCGUGCAGGUGACGCGCGUGGGCGCCUACACGACCGUGCGCAUGCGCAACGUGGUGGAGCUUCGUCUCAGCGUGGACCAGUCCCUCACGAUUUCCGUGGACAAGAAGUUCAAGGGGCGCAUGUGUGGCCUGUGCGGGGACUACAACCAGGACCCCGUGAACUCCGAGUUCAAGGACGACAUGCGCACGGUCGCCGACUUCGUAAAGGCGCAGAAGCUCGCGGACGGCAGUGCGGUUUGCACCGAGGAUACGGCGCCUCCGGGACCCCCCGCGCUCAACUGCUCCAGACACGUGGACACCUGCCGCGCGUUCACGCAGCUCCCCGCCUUCUCCGGGUGCGAGGACGUCGGGGUGGACGUGCACGCGCUCGUGGUCGCGUGCACGCGGGACGUGUGCGCGUGCGUGGAGACGUGGGGGCUGCCCCCCGCGGAGUGCGCCUGCGACUCCCUGGCGGAGCUCUCGCGGCAGUGCGCGCUCGCGGGGGGCCGCCCGGGGGCGUGGAGGAACUCCCAGCUGUGCCCCGCCUCGUGUCCCGACGCGAUGCAGCACUCGGAGUGCGGCACCAGCUGCCUGGACACGUGCUCCAACCCCACGGCCAGCGCCCUGUGCGAAGAUGCCUGCCUCGACGGCUGCUUCUGCCCCCCUGGCACGGUGAUGGAUGAUGUGGACGAGGCGCAGGGCGGGCGCUGCGUGCCGGUGGAGCAGUGCUCCUGCGUGUUCGACGGCAGGCAGUACCCCCCCGGCGGGGUGCUGGGGACCCCCUGCAGUAAAUGCGAGUGCGUAGGGGGCCAGUGGAACUGCUCGAGUCUGCCGUGCCCGGGGAUGUGCAAGCUGGAGGGCGGCUCCCACUUCACCACCUUCGACCACCGCACCUACACCUUCCACGGGAACUGCCUCUACACCCUCUCACAGGACUGCGCAGGACGCGAGUUCACGAUCCUCGCCGAGCUGCGGUCGUGCUCCUCCACGAGCCGCGCCACGUGCCUCACCUCCGUGUCGCUGCUGCUGGCGCACGGCGGCGAGGCAGUGGGAGACGCGGAGCUGUCCCAGGUGCUGAAAAUGGCCCCGCUAUGUCCAUCGCGACCGAGCGGCGACGACAUCGCGGCUCCUUUGAACUCAAACAACUUCCAGGCGGCGCCGUUCUCGCGCUCGACUAAAUCCGACUCUGCUCUGCUAGUCAUCAAAUUCGAGGCAGACGGACGCGUCAUCAUGAACGAGAUGCUCGCAAAGCUGCCCUACAGCAACAGCGCCGGCCUGCAGGUGUUCCGCCAGUCGUCCAUGUUCGUGCAGGUGGCCACCCGCUCCGGCCUGCACCUCCAAGUGCAGCUGCAGCCCCAGAUGCAGCUCUACGUGAGCGUGUCCGUCGCCUACAAGAACCGCACCUGUGGACUCUGCGGGAACUACAACGACGUGCUGGCGGACGAGCUGAAGACGUCGUGCGGCCUCGUGGAGGCCACCUCCACCCCCUUCGCCAACUCGUGGAAGGCGCAGACGGGCUGCCCCGACACGGCCGAGGAGCUGCAGGACCCGUGCUCCAUCAACGCGCACACCGCUAGUGCCACGCUACCUCGUGUGACGUCAUCGGCGCUGGGCGUGGCCAUGCGCUGCCACGCCCCUCGUGUGACGUCAUCGGCGCUGGGCGUGGCCAUGCGUUGCCACGCCCCUCGUGUGACGUCAUCGGCGCUGGGCGUGGCCAUGCGCUGCCACGCCCCUCGUGUGACGUCAUCGGCGCUGGGCGUGGCCAUGCGCUGCCAUGCCCCUCGUGUGACGUCAUCGGCGCUGGGCGUGGCCAUGCGCUGCCACGCCCCUCGUGUGACGUCAUCGGCGCUGGGCGUGGCCAUGCGCUGCCACGCCCCUCGUGUGACGUCAUCGGCGCUGGGCGUGGCCAUGCGCUGCCACGCCCCUCGUGUGACGUCAUCGGCGCUGGGCGUGGCCAUGGGCUGCCACGCCCCUCGUGUGACGUCAUCGGCGCUGGGCGUGGCCAUGCGCUGCCACGCCCCGCGUGCGAUGGGAGGGCGCGAGGCGACGCGGUAUUUGGACUUCAUUGCGCUCGUGUCGUCUGCAGCCCAGUACGCCGAGGAGACCUGCUCCAAGCUCAUGGACCCCCAGGGCCCCUUUGCCAAGUGCCAUGGGGUGGUCAACCCCAACCAUUUCUACAAGACGUGCCGGCACGACACGUGCGAGUGCGAGAGCCCGGAGCGCUGCGUGUGCGCCGCGCUGGGCGCGUACGCACACGAGUGCGCGGCGCGCGGACACGUGCUCAUCGGGUGGAGGGAGAAGGCGGGCGUGUGCACCGAGGCGACGCAGCAGUGCGGCGAGGGAGAGGAGUUCCAGUACGGCGCCUACGCCUGCAACGGCACGUGCACGUCGCUGUCGCAGUUCGACGCCUCGUGCCUGGUGACGGACACGCCCGUGGAGGGUUGCGUGUGCGACGGCUACCGCACGCAGGAGGGCACCUGCGUGGACGGGCCCUCGCUCUGCCCCUGCUACAUCAACGGCCAGGCCAUCGCUCCGGGCAUGACCAUCACGCGCAACGGCGCGCAGUGCCUGUGUCGCCGUGGGGUCAUCCAGUGCAAGGCCAACCUCGUGGCAGAGUGCCUCCCCCCGCGGGUGUUCGUCGACUGCCAGGCUGCCCUGCCUGGGGUGCAGGGGCUGGCGUGCGAGCGGACGUGCCAAAACCCCGACAUGGAAUGUUACACGCCCGGCUGCGUGUCGGGCUGCAUGUGCCCCGAGGGCACUGUGCUGGACAGCGCCGAUGGGUGCGUGCGCCCUGACCAGUGCCCGUGCCAGCACAACGGCCAGAGCUACAGCCCGGGCGACAGAGUGGCCGUCGACUGCAACACGUGCACGUGCGAGGGCGCUCGCUGGAGCUGCACGGACGACGACUGCAUGGGGCUGUGCUCCUUCUACGGGGACGGACACUACACCACCUACGAUGGGCGGCGCUUCCUGUUCGACGGGAAGUGCGAGUACAUCCUCUCGCAGGACUUCUGUCCGUCCAACCCUGCGGGCGGAAGCUUCCGCGUCAUCACAGAGAACAUGGCGUGCGGAACCUCGGGCGUCGCCUGCUCCAAGAGCAUCAAACUCCUGCUCGGGGACGUGGAGAUCCGCUUUGCCGAUGGCGAUCACAGCAUCAGCUCCGUGACGAGUGGGGCGGGCCCCCACAUCCCGUACAGGAUGCGGAAGCUGGGGGGCACCCACAUCGUGGAGGCCGCCAACGGGCUGCUGCUGCAGUGGGACGGGGGCAACAGCGUGCGCCUCAUGGUCUCCUCCGACAGCCGGGGCCGGCUGUGCGGGCUGUGCGGAGACAUGGACGGAGACUCCCUCAACGACUUCACGGUGCGAGGCCAGGUGGUGGUGGCGAGCCCCGUGGAGUUCGGGAACUCCUGGCAGGUCUCGUCCCUCGCGUGCGCGAGCACCACCGCCAACGCCGACCCGUGCUACAUGAACCCGUACCGCAAGGCGUGGGCCGAGCGGGAGUGUUCGCGCAUCAUGGGCGACACGUUCAAGGGCUGCCACGCCAAGGUCGACCCCCUGCCGUACUACGAGGCGUGCGUGCGUGACUCGUGCGGCUGCGACAUGGGCGGCGACUGCGCCUGCUUCUGCACGGCCAUGUCGGCCUACGCGCAGGCCUGCCGCGACGCCGGGGAGUGCAUCGCCUGGAGGUCCCCGGUCAUCUGCCCGGCAUUCUGCGACUACUACAACGAGCCGGGCCACGAGUGCGAGUGGCACUUCGAGCCGUGCAAGAAGCCGUGCAUCCAGAGCUGCCGCUACCCAGAGCAGAACUGCUCCACCCACCUCCCCUCCAUUGAGGGCUGCUUUCCCACGUGCCCCCCUGAGUUCCCUUUCCUAGAGGAGAACAGCAUGAAGUGCGUGGCGCUAGAAGACUGUGGCUGCUAUGACUCUGACGACCCGAGCAUCCACUACAACACGAGCGAGACCGUGCCGUCGUCCAAUCGCUGCGAACACUGCCUGUGCACGGCGGAGUCGCGCAUCGAGUGCACGCCCGUUCCGGAGUGCGCGUGCAUUUGGAACGGGACCGAGUACCAGUACAAUGAGACCAUCUACGUGGUGGGCGACGGCAUGGGCGUGUGCUACAAGGCUUACUGCGGUGAAAAUGGCAACGUCUUCUACCGCGUGGUGACACCGUGUGGCAGUGACACCAUCCCCAAUAUCGGCACCACUGGCCCUACCGCCAGCACCACCGGCCCCACCGCAAGCACCGUAUUCACCACGGUUGUGUCAGUGACAGCUGGACAGAUGUACACAACACCAACCAGCAGAGCUACACCAACACCAACCAUGCCGAACAGGACUCCAUCAACACCAGGCACUCAAUCACCACCAGCCACCCCAUUUCAAACACCAAACACACCAUCAACAGAAAGCCCAAAAACAGCAGGCACAAUUUCCACCACUCCCAGCUCCCCACCCUGCACGCCCCACUGCGAGUGGUCGCGCUGGAUCUCAUCUGAUUACCCCAGCUACGAUGGGGUGGGAGACAAUGAGACGUUUGCUCACAUCCUGGAAGUAGAAGGAGAAGACAGCAUCUGCUUGGAGCCGAGUGACAUCGAGUGUCGAAUCUAUGGCUCCUUGAAUAACAAACUUCAGCCGGGAGUGACCUGUGACAAGGACGAAGGGCUGCUCUGUCUCAACAAAGACCCCUUCUUCUUCUGCGAUGACUACGAGAUCAAGGUCCUGUGCUGUUUGGCCUGUGAGUCGGGCGGCCCAACUACGACCCAAGAAACACCUACAUCAAGCACACCACCACCAACAAUCGCAAGCACAACAAUACCAGGCACACCAUCAACAGCAAUCUCAAUGAUUUCCACCACUCCCAGCUCCCCACCCUGCACGCCCCACUGCGAGUGGUCACGCUGGAUCUCAUCUGAUUACCCCAGCUACGAUGGGAUGGGAGACAAUGAGACGUUUGCUCACAUCCUGGAAGUAGAAGGGGAAGGCAGCAUCUGCUUGGAGCCGAGUGACAUUGAUUGUCGAAUCUAUGGCACCACGAAUAACGAACUUCAGCCGGGAGUGACCUGUGACAAGGACGAAGGGCUGCUCUGUCGCAACAAAGACCCCUUCUUCUUUUGCGAUGACUACGAGAUCAAGGUCCUCUACGAUGGGGUGGGAGACAAUGAGACGUUUGCUCACAUCCUGGAAGUAGAAGGAGAAGACAGCAUCUGCUUGGAGCCGAGUGACAUCGAGUGUCGAAUCUAUGGCUCCUUGAAUAACAAACUUCAGCCGGGAGUGACCUGUGACAAGGACGAAGGGCUGCUCUGUCUCAACAAAGACCCCUUCUUCUUCUGCGAUGACUACGAGAUCAAGGUCCUGUGCUGUUUGGCCUUGGUCACGCUGGAUCUCAUCUGA